CAACUCGACACCCGCUCUCACUCCCUGCCCGAUGGACAAGCCCAUCGUUAUGGCCAAACCCCUCCACCAAGCAAGAAGCAAUCGCAAGACAAGCCCACUUGGAGUGCACGCCCACACCGAGGUGCAAGCAUUGUCCAAGCAAAACCCAUCCAAGAAUGUCAAUUUGACAUCCCGCUCUCACUCCUUGCCCGACGUAGGGGCCCGGCAUUCCAUCGAUUUUGACCAAACCCUUCCACCAAGCAAGAAGCAAUUGCAAGACAUCUCGUAUCUUCACGAACAAACCCGCUUGGAGUGCACGCCCACACCGAGGUGCAAGCAUUGUCCGCGCAAGCCCAUCCGAGCAUCAACUCGACACCCGCUCUCACUCCCUGCCCGACGGACAAGCCCAUCGUUAUGGCCAAACCCCUCCGCCAAGCACGAAGCAAUCGCCAAGACAAGCACACUUGGAGUGCACGCCCACACCGAGGUGCAAGCAUUGUCCAAGCACGCCCAUCCCGCUCUCACUCCUUGCCCGACGGUCGGAUGUGGCACUCCGGCCGAACCCUUCGUCCACCAAGCACAAAGCAAUCGCAAGUUAUCUCGUCUCCUCACGAACAAGCCCGCUUGGAGUGCACGCCCACACCGAGGUGCAAGCAUUGUCCGCGCAAAGCCCAUCCGAGCAUCAACUCGACACCCACUCUCACUCGCCGCCGGCGGCCGGAGGUGGCACUCCGCCGGCGCCGACCCCCCAAGCAUAUGUGCCCAUGAUGGGCGCAAUGUGCUUGAAGGGUCGGCGCCGCGGCAUAGGGGUACCCCCGCGCCCCGCCCAUGCAGGCAGGUCGCCCCCCUAUAUAGUACAUUCUG